CGUAAUUUUGCGGUAAACAAGCCUAAUAUUACGGAAGAUACCAGUUUGCCCUUGGCCAAGACUGUAUUCUUGGCUGACAGUUGGUUUCACCUGACGAUUGAGAAAGCCCAACACGCUGCUAAUUUUUGGGAAACCGACGGAUUAUCUCAACGAAAUCUCCGCUCCGUAUGUUAAAUUUCACUACUCGUGGUUAGAUGUUGCCUUCGAACGUCCAAACCAACUAGUUUCAGUGUUUGUUGGGGUUAUGGCGGCAACAGCAUGGAUUAUUGUUUUCCUUGUUGUGGUUAACUGUUUAGUGCUGGGAGAGAAGAAACGGGAAUACAAACUAGGCCUUCUCAUUCCCUACAGGAAAGUCACUCCACAUUUUCAGAACGAUUACAACAAGGGGGAGUCGUUUGCAGCCGCUAUGACAAUCGCCGUGGAACGAAUAAACGCAGACCCAACGCUCUUGUCAGAUUAUAAUUUGACAUUUGAGUGGAAAGGCACAGAGUGCAACGAACUGAUUGCUGUUCGCGAGCAGCUAAAUCAAAUUAAUUCUGGAGUACAAGCUUUUAUAGGACCCGGCUGUUAUUGCCAGACGGCGGCGAAAAAUGCUGCGGCAUUCAAUAUGACGAUGAUAUCCUUCGUGAGUAUGCAAUCUUUCAUGUUGUGCUGUUUAAUAUCGGCUUUUCUACGCUGAAUGAUUUUGUUUUGUGCUAAAUUUUGUUGUUUUGUUAGUCAUAAAAUGUAUUUCUUAACAGUUCAAAUCAGAAACGAAUUACAAAGGUCUUUUUUCAACAACAGUAAAUAAUAAUUCUUAAUCAUCUUGUUGGAUAUUUGGACUGAUGUCUUCCAUUUUUUCCAGCUGAUUUUUUCGAGAAGUUUGUAUUACAAACGCACUAAUUGCUCAGUUUUUGUUUCAUCUCGACCUCCUUGAUGUAUCAUUUGAUAUAGUAUUUGAUUUAUAAUAUUACUUGUUCGAGACUACCAGUCCCGAUCGCUGCUCGUUUACAUCCCGCUUUUGUUUCAACUGAACGAUUUUAUGCUAACUAAACACUCGAUCGAGAUACAUCCCACUUUCAAGCGGCGAUUAAGCUUGAGAUACGCAUAACAGGUGAGUUAAACUGUACAUCGGCAAGCAGAAAGCUGGAAAAAUAAGCGGUCAUAAUUUUUAUGGGAAUUUUUUAAAUUUUUUUUUGUCCUUUUAAUUCGCAAUUUAUGGGCAAAGGCAAGAUACUGUGAACAUUCAAGAACGCAAAUGGUUGUAGCUAGGUUUCUCUUUAUUAUUACUGUACGCAUUUGAUUGUCUUUUGAACAAGCGAAUGGAAGAAGGAAAUGCACCUUAUUUGUGUAAUGUGUAUUACGUACUUUGCAUUUAACAAAAAGGUUUUAAAAGAUUUGCAUCUGUCAGUAUGAUUUACGUUCUGGACUUCUAUUGAUUUGUGCUAAAAACAGAGAUGAAUCAUUAUCGGAGUAUUCUUGAUCCUUUUAUGUAAAGGGUAAAUACUUUUCAGAAUAGAAUUCAACAGUUUUUUCGCAUUUGUUAGCUUUAUAUGUGCGAAGGGUUAUUGUCAAAUAGAAUGUUUUAGUCACAAUUUAUCUAUUUUUUUGUUACAACUUUUUGUCCGUAUUUUUACCUUUCUUCGAAAAGCUGCAAUAAAGGAAAAUAAAUAUUUGACCUGAUUUGGGUUUUCGCAAAAAAAAAAAAAAAAGACAUAUUAAUUUCAACACACCAUUUUUUGUUACUUUAAAAUGAUUUUAACCUCUGACAAAAACUUUUUGCAUGACAGGUGUAUUGUAUGAUUUAGGCUGUAGUACUUUUGGGGUCAUUGAGUUUUUAAAUGGAAAAAUAAAAACAAAUAGGCAAACAAGCAAACUUAUAAAUAGCAGGAUUGGCUGUCUAUAGUGGUCAAAUAUCUAAUUAAAACAUGAUGUCUCACAGCCAAAAAUGAAAACGAUUUAUACCAUCUGCUGGUUAAUCUUUGCAAACUUGACCUUCCCUAUGUUUAUUUUUGUGGUUCAUUUCAUGAUCAGGGAGAUAUUUUAAACAUUUCUCACCAAUUUCAGUCAAAUUUAUUCAACUUGUUAAUCAGAUAUUUUAUAGUAUGUUUCCAUGCUUUCACAAUUUUUACUUUUUCACUCCACCACAGUGCACACAGUGAUGUUUAUAAUCUCACUUGAGUAAAAAUAUCCCUUCCUGAAAAUAAAGGGAAAUUUGGAAGAUGUCCAACACAUGGCUCUUCAGAUGUUCAAGUGUUCUGUUAUAGAUAAUACAUAUUAAAUAACUGCAGGGCAUAAAAUUUUCAUGUUUAGACAUCAGAUCACGCCAUGUUCUUACAGUGGAAUCUCAAUAUAACAAACCUCUAUAUUACAAAGUCCUCGGAAAAACGAAUGAUUUUCUUUACUCCAGUAAUAGUAAGAUAUAUGAAAAAGAACCUUGAUAUGACGAAACCUUGUUAUAGCGAAGAAAUUUUACCAGUCCCUUGGCCCUUCGUUAUAUCAAGGUUCCGCUGUAAUUAGAGCAAAGUACACCCCUUUAUUCUGUCUUAUCUUAACAUCUCUACAACAGCCACCUCUUCAAAAUGACCUAAAGUCCACUAAAUAUAGAAAUAUUUAUUGUGGUCCCAUCUACCAAAAUACCCUCACCACCAUUUUAUCCAUGUGAAGGCAAAAUUUAAUACAAAAUGAUGUAAUCACUGACCGCUAUAUUUGCUCUUUUUCCUUUGAAUUUGUUUUGGUCAAACAUUUUAAUUGGUUUUUGGUGUGUUGAUUGUGUUGUGUGCCAGAAUGAACAUUUUUUUUAGAAUAAAUUAUAAUGUUCUAUCCCCCUCCCCACCCCCCCCCAAAAAGAAAAAAAAUUCUGCAGCAUUAUAACCCUACCCCCCUAUAACCCACAACCUUGUUACGAGGAUCGUUUUCCUAGGUGGCUGGUGUGGAGAUGUUUAACUGUAAAUAUGUUUCCUUGUUAUCUGUAUUUUCCUCUCUUUCCCCUUUGAUAAAAUGGCAUUGAAAAUGGGUAUUUUAAUAUGUCAGAUUUAUUUGUUUUAUGUUUAGGAGAGGUUUUAGAGGGAUGCCUAUAAUUAUAAGGCCGCUGACAUACUCAUAGGGCUGAUGGAGUUAGCUUCCCCUGCAGAUGUUCGUUUCGCUCAUCAUGCAAUCCUCCCCACCAAAGCAGUGUUCUCCCUAAAUUUUAGUUCAACAGCUAAGGGACCAUUCAUAGCCAGCAAGACAAUGUGCACUUUACUGGGGGAGGGAGGGUGGUAUUGGAGUAAACUAAGUUCUUGGAAACGUCAUUCCCUCAUUUUAAGACCUAUUUCACGCAAAUUGGCCGUUGUUAUAAAGACGACAAUUUAAAACGUUUGAUUCCAAUAAUUUUACACAGACUUCAAUGUUCUUUUUCCAAAAUGUGUGGCCCCCAAAAAGAAAAGCUGUGUAUACUUUAGUACUCUUCUAUAUAUUCAUUCGUCUCCCUAUCGGAUUGGAUCACAACCUGCAGGCGGUAAGAAGUGUUGCUUCAGUCAGUAAAUUUUACCGGUUACCGCCUGACAAAGAGAACACUGCCAAAGGGGAAUAAACGUAUGACAAAGCCCUAAGAAUGUCUGCUUGGGAGGGUCUGAUGGAGUUGGUGUGAAGAAUCUUAUAGGAACACGUUCCUGAGCCAAGUAACCUUGGCACCAGCAACAGCUUUCUGCCUUAGAGAGGUGUCUAACUCAUGAAGGGUUUCUAUGAAAUAGAAACCCUCUUCUACACUGUAUGGUGAAGGUAAAAUCCCUGUUUGUAGGCACCCAACUAAACUGAAUUAAGGCCGACCCAAAUUAUUUAGACCAGCUGAAUUGAUUGCUGACACCGAUCUUAAUUCUGGGCAAACUCAAUUCAAAAGGAGAAAAAUGCUCAUUUUGGUGAAACUGCUUGACAAAAGAUGUCAUAAUACAGGGUUGUCACUAAGAUUUCAAGUUGCCAGGUUAACACAACAAGAAUGAUUCUAUUCUUCUUCUAUUUUCCAAUGAAAGUAGCCGGGGGACAUCCCUGGCCCCUGGCUCGUAAUGACUGCCCUGCCAUUAUUUAUGCAUUAGGUUCAGCACAUGAAGAGUUUAGCAUCUGAAUCGAUGCUGCUCCAAAGUCACUUGUCCAAAAUUCCCUUCCAGGCUAGGCAGGAAGAAUGACUGAGCCAUUCCAAAUUGAAAUAUAGGUGUUCCUUGUUGAUUCAGAUGAAUGUUAUAAUAGAAACAUUGAUUCUGAAUUAAUGUUACUCCAAAGCCACUUGUUCAAAAUUCCCUUCCAGGCUAGGCAUUUACAAAAAGGAAUCUUUGAGCUUUAGCAAAAGGUAGGGGUUUUUUUUCAUUUCUUUCCUGGGAGUGGCCUAGUGACAAUUGCAUUGUUUUACUGAUGCUGACCAUGAUAGUGCUGUGUAUGGACUCCUUAAUUAAUAGUUUCUACCUUUUUUUGUAUUCAGAUGUGCAGUGCUGCUGAACUGUCUGACAAAAAUGAGUUUCCCACAUUUGGACGCACAUUUUCUGUGGACUCACGAAUUGGACCAAGUAUUAUCAGCCUUCUAAAAAAUACAUAUAAGUGGACUAGAAUUGCUAUCAUUUACCAAAAUAUUACGAGGUGGACGUCCUUGACAGAGUACCUGCAAGAGGAAUUUGAGAAAAAUGGUAUUACUGUGGCCAUGAAAUUUAAAGCAGCAAAUGUUCCCAGUUAUGACCCUGAAGCUGAAGAGGAUUUUAGGAAAGCUCUGAUUAAAAUUAAGCAAACAGCAAGAAGUAAGUACAUGACUUCAUGAUAACCUUUAUUAGUUUAGGCAACAACCUCAUGCCAUAAACUUUGGGUUUUUCUAUGGCUUAUGGUAGGAUUUGGUUAAGGGUUGCUCCUGAAGCCUAUUUAAUGGUCUAAUGGACUGAUAAUGACUCAGCCAGUGGUGCCCUUGUACAACAACUGUAUGUCAACAUAUAAUAGGGACCUUAAGAUACUCUGGAUGUGGCUGAGGAGGACGUCAACUGCAAGUGAAAUGUUCAAUUCUUGGAACUAAUUAGCAUAAUGUCACAGUGUUGACCUGAAGUCGCGAUGGUGAAAACUAGAAGUUUGGCUGCCUCAUUAAACGGUGAGUUGGUUUUCUUGUUUUCAGUGCAGAAAUUGCUUUUCGUACAGGAGUUUCAAUCCAUUUUACUUCAAGAGACACAUUGAAGUGUUUUUAGUGUGGUGUUCCCUCAAGAUUGACUCUUAUUUUUUGCUAUCAAGCCUUUUGGGUUCAGUGUUUUGGCGGCAACCGAGAAUGAAAGCGCAGAGUCUUUUGACACAAAUGUAACACUAUAACUGCUUAUUAUUUUUUAAGGGCACAAUGUCUUGCUUUAGGAGAGUAUUUGAAAAAGUUAAGAGACGAGAAGAAUAAAAAUUAUUGGAAAAACAAAAAUCUAGGCUUGUAAUAAACUUGAACAUGUGGGAGAAAAUUGAGAUCUUAAACAAGACGCCAUGGUUCAUUUAUUAACUUUUUUAAUUUGUUUUUGUUCUCUUUCAGUUCAGCGAUGGAGGGGUCUGAAGAUCAAAAUCUUGCCUUAGUGUGGGAAGUUCUCAUGACAGAACCAUAUCAUUUUAAAGCAAGAACAAUGUAAAGGGGGAACGUCUGGCAACAAAUAGCUGAUAACCUGAACUCUGAUCAUGCCCUCCAGUUUCCCUCGAAGAAAUUCGGUGGUUUUUAGAGAAACUGGAGUCAUAGCGCGCAGCACAAAUUUUUCUUCCAAUAAAAGAUUGUUAAGGUAUUAAUCAAGCAAGACUUCACGAGUUUUUCUAAAAGACAUCAUGGAGUUAACACAGGAAAGCGUCACUUUAUCCUCUCUUGUCAGGCGAGCACUCAACGCAACCUGCUCAACCUUAAUUUGCAGUUUUCCUGCCAAGGUGGCGGCAUCCUCACUCCAGGCUAUCUCUGCAAACCCACGUUUUCUUCAGUGCCACGUCCAGGGCAUCUUAAGGUCCCAGAUGUCAAGAGGACAUGUCUGUUGUCCUCUUAUCCACGAAAUUUCAUUCACUUGUUCAUUCACUCGCAAGUAAAAUUUUUGUGACUUUUUAGUCUUACUUAUACAUUAAUGUGCUCACUUCUUUGACCUGGACAUUUAAUUUUUUUUAUAGUUGUGUUGGUUAUUGGAGAUUACUUUAUUGGUUUGGAGACCCUUUAUCUUGCCAAGCAAGUGGAAAUGAUCAAUGGAAAGUUUGCAUUUGUUAUAUUUUUUCUCGAUCACAAUUUUGUCAGGAAGGCAACAACUCGUGGAUUGGAAUUUUUCUGGUUUCUCAAUUAUUUGAAUGCCCAGUACAGGUAGGUAACCUCUGCCCAGGGGGGUGGGGGGGAGGGAGGGUGCUCUGGAUUUCAAGUGACGAGGAUGCUAGAAUGAGGCCAAAAAUCAAAACCAAAAAAAAUUCCUAGGACUUCCAACAGAACCCAAGAAUGAAAUGGGACCACUCUUGACCAGUAAGGCGAAAAAAGAAGCACUAGAAGCGCACUCUCCUUGGGGGUGGGGAUAGGGGAUGGGAUGAGGGCAUGGCCCUACCCUUGAUGGGAAAGCUUUAGGAGCUAAGUUGUCUGAAAGGUCAUUCCUUCAUUUUAAUACCUGUUUUACCCAAACAAUGUCAAAUAUAUUGAAACACUUGCUGCUUUAGAGGGAUAUCGUAAGUCACUUGAGUUCUAAUGCAAAAGCUAACCUAUGGUAGAUAGUCUUACAUUCCUUGAAAUACUUUGCUAUGCAUGCUUCUCGAAUAUCUUAACCAGUAGUGUAAGAUGCUCAAAAGUCAUCUGACAGAAAUGACAGUUAGUGUGAAUGUUGUUUGAUUUUGGGAAAAUUUGAAUCUCUCAUCCCCUGUCAGCAUAGAGCACAGCUCACGGUUUUCAUGGUUUGUACAAUCUUGCAAAGGUCCUGAAUUUUAGAAGUUGUUUUGAAAAGUUGAAGUCCUUGAAUUCGGUUAACGUCCUUGAAAAGUACUUAUUAUGUGAUCAACCAUGGCUGAAGAAAUAAAAAUCAAAGAUGACUGUCCAUUGAUUGUUUUUACCAACCAGAAGUUCAAAAGGGGAUAACAGAAUGCAUAUUUAUUGAAUAAAUCUUGGUGCUUAAAAACUGUCAUUUGUCUGGCCUGAAGUUGGCUUUAAUUUGGCAAUUUGAGUUAAUUUUUCUCCUUUAUCUCGGUGAUGUGGCAUAAAAGUGUUAAUGAAGGUUUCAUGUGAUCCCUCCUACAAAUUUUUUUGUAAAAAAUUUUUGCUUUGCUUUUCCUUAAUGAAGAAACCGAAGCAAGACAAAAAUGGACAUCGAGGAAGCUACACAGGCUGCUCUUGUUUUUGCUGUGAAAACUGCAGAAGGGAAGAGCUAUGAGGAUUUUGUUACAGAGUUGAAGCUCAAGACAUCACAGAGCCCUUUCAACAGCUCGCAGUACAAUAGAAGUAAAGAAGCUUGGGCUUAUCGUGUAAGUAUAAAUAUUAUGCUAUAGCUAUAUUUUAUGAAAUUGAGCACGAUCCGUGCCAUUGAAUGAACAACCUAAGUGGUUGAAAAAGAACAUGAAAAAAACUCAUGCUUGACCAGGAUUUGAUCCCUGAUCUUUGCAAUGACUGGAAGCUAUGGUCUGUCCAUUAACCCAUUCGCUCCUGGAGAUUUUGCCAAAAAAUGUGUUUUGAAGCUAGUCGAGUGGUUUUCUGGUCACUGUCGUGCUAUAAAGAGCUUAAACUUACCACAAACUGGUUUACAGGUCGUACGCUUCACAGCUUUCUGAUCCAGAUGCUAAAUAUCAGCUUGCGAAGUGCGGGCAUGCGCAGAAAGCAAAAUUUCGAGUUAAAAGUGACACAGCCGUCCUGACUUUUACUUUUCGCUUUCUCUCCUCCCCUCUUUUUUUGCUUUUCUUGGCUCAUUUUUUUUUCUCUUGCUGGGCAUUUGGUAGGCUUCGUUUUGGUGGGAAGAGUUUUUAGGAAAGCUUUUAGAAUCUUAGGAUUAGGUGAAAGGAAAGGUAGGUGAGCAAUGGAACAAGAUUUUCUUUGAGAUUUUCGGGUCAAUGUGACAUGGUUUUUUGCUUCUUUCUCUGGUGUCCUUGACUGAAUUGUGCUCAUUCUGGUAUGGUUUGAAAGAUCUCUUCACUCUGCACAAGUUAGUGGACAAAGUUAUCCUUGACCGGUAAAACUGAUGACGUCAUGAAGGUAGAAAGGGCAUGGAUCCGCACAGGCCUUUACAGGUGGUUCAGGGGCGAAUGGGUUAAGUUAAUCAAGCCAAUGGGAGAGCAAGGCAUUGUGAGUUUUUAAUAUACCCGAUGAUGUUCUUUAAUGACAGGUUAUUUCUUUUAGUCUUUGUUGUGCUUUACAACAGAACGAGUAUAUUUUAUUUCAGUAAACUGCCCAGGGGGGUUACUCAGGAUUUCAAGUGACGGGGAUGAUCGAAGGAUUUUUUUGGGUUUGAAAUUUUCGAUUCCCGGAUUUUUUUGGGUACGAAAAUGUGGCAAAUAUUUUUUUGGGUAGCUUGAUUUGAGUAUGGAUUUUUUGGGGUAUUAAAAAGAAUCAGUAGUGCCCUGGCUGCGCAGUUCUGCGAAUAAAGUACAAACAAACGUGUUUUGCUGUUGUUUAAUAGUUAACUAUGGUGUCGCUUUACAUCGCACGUGUUAUACAAUAGUCUGCAUUGUCCCGUGGUGUCCGGCCGUGUACAAGACUUCAACAGCUUCAAUUCAAUUCAGUUGGUCCAGGGAUUUUUUUGGGUUUUGCUGGAAGCCCUAGGGAUUUUUUUGGGUCUUGACUUUUGGCUCCAUUCGAUCAUCCCCGUCACUUGAAAUCCCGAGUACCCCCCCUGGGGUAAACUGUAAUACAGAGUUUUGGAGUAGGUCAUCAGAUUAACUCUCUGGUUACAUAUAGGCCCAAGCAUUUGAAAUUUAAGACUCCUUGUUUUUUUGAACUUGGAUUCAAUAUUAUUGUUCUGGACUGGGCUCAUGAUUUCUUAGUAAAUGUGUUUGGCAAAGUUUUCGUGGGGAAAGUAAGUUAUUGACUCUAAACAUGCUACUAGGGCCAAUAUUGUCAGUUAUACAGUGUGUACUAUACUUUCACAGCAUCAUAAUUUGGCGUGCCAUUUUACAGUUUGAUUAUAGCUAUUGUGUUUAGUUUGCAUGACAUUUGACCCAUUAUUUACAUGCAUUAUGUUGCAGCCUCCAAUAUAUGGAGCCUACCUGUACGAUGCUGUUUAUCAGUUUGCUGUAGCCUUGAAUAUCUCCAUUGCGCAACUACCUCUUGCAGAACAAAAUAGGACUCCUUCAGGGCAGGAGAUUUUCUCACAACUUCGUGAUUAUACCUAUGAAAGUGAGUGCUGGUGUAGUGUAUUUUAUCUGUAAAGGGUUUGUACAGGUCAUGGAAAACCUGGAAAGUCAUGAAAUUUACCAAUUUCAUUUUCCAGGCCUGGAAAGUCUUGGAAAAUCAAAGUUACCAGUAUAUUCAGUAAUUAGUUAUGGUAGAUGUCAAAGCAACAACAAAGGAAAAUAGAGACCAAUAAUUAAAUUGUGCCAAGGCAACAGCUCACGUUUUGGUGGACACAAGAAUUUUUGUGUUUUUUGAAAGGGGCUAGGUAAGCAAAACACCCUAAAACAAGGAUGGGCUUGAAAAUUUUCGAAAGUGACAGCUGCUCUUAAGGUCACGGACUGGAAAAAGUCAUGAAAAGUUAUGGAAUUUUGAAAGCUGAAAAGAGUAUGAACCCUAUUGUAGUCAUGCAGAAGUUACUGAUACUACUUCAGCUGCUGUAUAACUACAACACUCUCCUUUUCUUUAGUGAUGAAAGUUAUAACAGUUACAAGCAUUUAAAAUGUUAUUGCCACAUUUCGUUUUGAAGGUUUAAAAUUUCAGUCAUGUAACAGUGUCAGAUCCAGACCUUGAGAUAAGCUUGGGGGCCUGGUUAUCCAAGACCCUUAGAUAAGGCGGGGAGGGGACGGUCUCCCCCCCAAAUUUUUUAGGUAGUUUAGUCUAAAAAUAAGGGUGGGGGGGCUCCUCGGGCUUCUCCCCUGCAUCCACCAAUGUGUAAUAAUCUUUUCAUUUUGAAGAUUUUUAGAAGAUCACAGGGGGUAGUGUGACUGGGUGGUUGGUCAGGGUGUCAGCAUUGCAACUGGGUGAUCUUGGCUCUUACUGUUAGUUGGAGUCAUAUACUAUCAAGUUCGGAUCCUUAGCCUGAUGCCUUUAAAUAGCCAAAUAGUUGCCUCCAGCCAAGAGGGGUUUAAGUGUUCUUACCAAGAAUUUUACUUGGCUUGGGAGUCCCUGGUCUCUUUCUUCUGAAAAACUGGGUCCUUGGAGGAGAAAGUUAUGAAAACCACCUGACAUGAACAUGAAAGGCGCACACUCUAAAUGAUCUGUGGCUAGUGCCCUAUGGAAAAUGUUUUAUGAUACCAGGAGCCAUAUGUUGCCAUGCCAUGUGUAUAAUGUGCAUGACCAAGUGUUUGCCUAUUACAGCAACUGUAAGCGGCCACUCUCUAUUAAGUAUCUAGUAAUCAAUGUCCCUAAAUAAUUGUAGAUCUGGGAAUGGGGAAUUAACCUACCUCUAUUAAGCAGUUGUGGCCACCUUUUGGUCAUCCUUAUGAGAGUUUUCCCGUUGUUUUCACCUCUAUUAAGAGGCUAUCAAGCGCUUGAUACACUUAUUUUCACUUCAUUUCAAGAGUGUUAUGAAGGAAAAUACAGUCGGAUAUAGAAGCUGACGACUGAUUGUGGAUCAGUAAUGCUGCUCCCGUCAGGCGUUUGUUUCAAUAAUAGGGAUGUUUCUGCUAUAGAUUAAUACUAAUUCAUGAUGAAUCUGUAUUGUGCGGCCAAUCUUUAUUAAGCGGCCAGUUGCCGUAAUCUCGACAUCAGUAAUGCUGCUCCCAUCAGGCGUUUGUUUCAAUAUAAAGUGAUGUUUCUUCUAUAGAUUAAUACUUAUUUAAGACGAAUCUGUGCUGUGCGGCCAAUCUUUACUAAGCGGCCACUCGCAGUUGCCGUAAUCCCGACUGUGGUCGCUUAAUGGAGGUUCAACCCUGUAUUUGCAAUUUUUUCACCACUUUUCACUAAUUUGCUGCAGGUAUUCAGGGCUAUAGAACCCACCUGGAUGAGAAUGGUGAUGCUGAUUUUAAGCUGACGUUAUGGGAUGUAAGAAAGACUCAAGGCAAAGCCUGUAAGUUGAACCCGGAAACGAAUUGUUUCGAUACAAGUCGUUUGUUUUUCACUUCGAAUAUAGUUUGCGCGUGAACAAGAAAAACAUUUUGGGUGGAUAUUCUUUGUUCUUUAAGUCAGGUACAUUGAACUAUUUACACCUCAACUGAGUAAACUUGUAUUGAACGACUUUGUAUCAAAACGACCGGUAACUGUUGAACCCUAUAAUUCUGUAGGCCACUGAAAGCGGCUGUCUCUUCCUUCACCAAGGUGACACAGAAAGCCAAAGAAAUCCACAGCCAAAAGUUGUAUUUCAAAUUGGCACUCUCAGUCGCCACGGAAUCAACAAACGCUUUUCUUUCAGCUAAUUUAUUCUUGGGAGCAACUACAGAAUACAGGGCCAGGUCUUGAACAGAAGUGUGUCGGUGGCUAGCUAGUCAGCCUCAGGCAGUAGACAAUCAAACAGAGCUGCAAACGACAGCCAAUUGUGGGAGGAAGUUUAACUAAACUUUACCCUUGUCCAAAGACAUCCUCUCUACAGGGUAGUUUUCAACUUAAAAAUUCUCCAGACUGUUCUGCAUACGUUUGCUUGAAGAAUUAGUUGAGAGAAUUUGAUAAAAGAUCAAAGAAUUUUUCCCUUAGUGAUCAAUGAGAACCUGGAAUAAUACGUUUUCCCAUAACAGGGCUGGAUUAUCUUUGAAAUCAGAAGUCUCAGAGCGGUUUAGAAUUCGUAAUUCGUUGGGUAAAUUUUCAGCCGGCUUAAAAGUCUUGCGUCAUUUCUCAAUCUACAGGCCGAAAACUGAAACAAUCAUGAGCUGCUCACACCACCGUUUUGCCGCACUUUGUGUGUGAUUUGAUUGGACCAUUUGAAGUCAGCUCCCAUUGUGAUUGGUCAGAGUAAAUUUUUUUUAUUUUAGUUCACUGCUUAAAAACGUCUCCAGUAAGAAUGCAGCGGUGCAUAAGCAAAUUGGAGCCAACAGUUCGUUCUUUGAUAGAGAUACGUUGGUGAAUUUUGAGCUUGGUGAAUGCAUGAGAAAGAUGAUUUUUUAAUCAAUCACACUCCUGUUGGGAGUACUGGGAUUCUUUCGUCCGAGCCGCCUGUAUCACUGAUUGAAAAACCAUCGUUCUCAGUUGGUUCUUUGUUUCUCCUUCCUUUAGUAAUGAUACCAGUUGCAGACUUCCAAAUCACUUAUGGAAAUUCCUCGGGUAAUGGUUCCAAGAAAGUUUUUCCUCGGCUUGUGUUUCGCAACAAUAUGACCAAGAUUUGGGUUGGUGGGAGUACAGUUCCGCCCAAAGACCGUCCAGGAUGCGGUUUCAAUAAUGAACUAUGUCCUCCUCCAACAGAGAAGCAGGAAGGUUUGUUUAUUGAUAAUGACACUUUUUAAUCCUUUAUACGCUACUCUAAAAAUCUGGCUAAUGAGGGCCGCAUGUCCCCCUUCUGAAAUUUUAUACAAGGCCCUUCUUCAAGAAAAAGGGCUCAAGGUGUAUUAACAUUAAUUUUUGUACUGCAUGAUUUGAACUUAGUUAUUUUCUUUAACUUAGUUUCUUUUUAGCUGUCUUUUUUUCCUAUCAUUGUGCUUAUCAUUUGGCUUCUUAGAACGCUCUAGGAACAGGCUACUGGUGGAACCGGUGAGGUGAGGGAUCACCUCCACUGCGGUCAAACGUCAGAGGCGUUUUUUGAAUUAUUUUGUUAGACAUUAACUGGCAACAUAAAACGGUAACCCUAGCACGAGGGUUAUCAACCCUCCUUGUUAACAGGCCCUAUUAAGUUAAAGCAACUUUCUUCGAAUUUUUCUCAAAGCAAUUAGCUUCUUUCUGUUGAAAGCGCUUCUCGCUCGUGCAAAGUUUUGUUGACAAAUAGUGCCAAAGUACGUAUUACCAGUUUCAAUUGUCAAAAUUUAGAACUUUUUUUAGGAAACUUCAAAACGUUUAGUAAAUUAGCGGCGUGUUAGUAGUAUACAUGUAUUAAUAGUGACCUUAAGAUACACCGUUUCAGCCCACGGGUACGGUUAAGCGAACACGUUUACCUCGUAGUUUUAUAAAAGGCAACCAUCAUUUCGCAGAUGUGUUAGUGGCGUUACCAUUCUACCUGGUAGCCUACCCGUUUUACCCCGGGUAAGAGGCAAUCUACCCUUAUUUACGGCUACGUGUACGGCUAAUUUAUCCGUACCCGUACACGGGAACGGUCUAUCUUAAGGUCUCUGAUUACAGUCUAAUCUCACCUUGUGGACACCUCUUUAUUACGGACAGUUCGUUUGGUCCCAGGAAUGCCAAAAAUCAUACAUUCCCUGCCUCUUUAAUACGGACACCUCUGUAAGUGGACUAUUAGUUCUGUCCCUUUGGUGUCCGUAUUAAAGAGGUUUGACUGUCUGACAGUGGGUGUAAUACGUACUUUGCUUAAUUUGUGUCAAUUACUCUUGUUUGACUGCGGUGAAUCAUCCACCCCCAUUCCCCUUCCUGUCUGCUCGCGCUUUCUAGCCAUCUCUUCGUUCUAUACCCCACACUGCUAACUCAAACUCAAGGACAUUUUCAGCUGAACUGUUACCAUGGCUCUUUGUGUGGUUUACCUGAUUUUUGAUUAUUUGGUUGACUGUAUCGAGAGUAACUGAAGCUCACAAUGCUUUUUGCCCUUGUUUGUUUUCCAGACAACAAAACGGAAAUAAUUGCGGGAGUUUCAUGUGGACUUGGCUUCCUUGCAAUUCUCCUUGUAACUAACCUUGUCAGGUACUACUCGGUAUUUGUUAUGAACCUUAGUGAACCAUACAGCCUAUUCCAAGAUGGUGGCAUCGUUUCUUUUCUGUGACAUUCAUUUUAAACGAGGCAUUGGGGGCCAAUCAUCAUGAAUACAAAAGAAUAACAAAAUUCUAAAAAAAGCUAGACUACGGGUAGACCCUUUGUUUUUAUCCUGGGAUAUCAGAGCAUACGAAAAUAAACAAAGGCGCGUAAAAUUGGCCGUUCGGGACGGCCUACCUCGCGCGGGGCCGCUUUUGUCACGCGCGCCCGCGUAUUUCGCUCGCUCUAGUAAGGAUAACAAGGGACUUAUAUGCCUCUGUCAAUAAUUAAUAUAUAGAUUUAGCCAGGGCUAAAAGCGAAGCUCCUAUUAACUCGAAUUUAUAAUUCAAAUCAAACAAUAAACUUGUAUUCCACAAAUCAGUUAACUUUAGAGCACAUAAGAGUGAACUUCAUCUUACAUCGAGUUGAUAGCCUUUAUAUGUACACCCAAAAAAUAGCAAUCAUCUUCGAUCACAUUUAAGAGCCAUAAUGGCUCUUGAUCACAGUAGAUUAGGCCUGGAAAACACCUGCGCCGUUUUCAUCAUACAGACCUCGGACAGAAUGCAGUGUUUCACAAUUUUGCAAUACAAAUUGCACUCAUUCAAUAUUCAGGACGAUCAAAGCACGUGUGGGCUUUUAGCGAAAUCGUCAAAAAAAUUUCCAAAAUCACCUAUACGGCUAGCCAGUUCUCACUUUUGACAAGUCGACUGUUUAAAUUAAGAUUAAUAUAGUUAUACGCUUCAACACAAUAAAGAAUUUAUUAUAAAGAUCUGUAAUCUUCAAAAGCGUUUGAUACGCGCGGCAUUUUGACUACUCUUGCAAGCGAUGUUCAUGAGCGACUGAAAACAAACGGCACAGCGAUUAAAAUUGCAAAAGAGACUACUUACAAUCAAUAAAGAAAGGGAAAAUAAUUCGGUGAAACAUAUACAGAGACAACAAUUUUCAUUCACGAAGACAAGUAUUACACAUGUAAAGUGUCUCUGAAAAUCCUUGUUUACGUUUUAAGCCGGCUUCCCGGUGUUUGCUUUUUUCAAAGACGAACUCGAGGCAAGAAAAUCGCUCAAAGCUUUCUUUUACAGCCAGAAUUGUAACCAAAUAUUCUUUGGAACGUUUUCUUUCUAUUUGCGGUGAGAAAAUGUCUAAAGGCUUUUUAAAGUUCCAUAAGCUGAUAAUCAAACCUGAUACUCGGUCACUCUCGGUCAGAUCAUUGUCUCAAAUCUUACAAACGUGCAUAAACCAAAUAGCCGCGUAAACUACGCUCGACUUCAUUAAAUUAGAUAUAAAAAACAAACAAAUACAAUAAUUACUCAGGCUUACCUUUUGAGAUGCACUGAAAACUAUCAAGUAAGGCCAGAACCGCUUCAGACUUUUCAACCGUCUUACGCAUCAAGCAAGGUGAAAAACGAAAACGAUGCCAUCCGAAUCGGAUUUCCGACUUUGCCAAAGCGACGUAUUUCUCAACCAAAAACCCAAUAAACAAACUAGCCAUGAAUAACAGAAGACUCUUGAUAGCAGCUGAAUUUCACUUUGUACAUUUAGUGGAAAAAGACAGUUAAAAACAUCACAAAGUUGACACAAAACUCUGUCAGCUUCAGCUGUCAAAGUAAACAAGUUUCAAGAUGCUGCAUAAAUUUUCCGCGUGAACUCACCUGUCAAAUUUUGACCAAUCAGAGUAUAAAAAUUGGACGUAGAGCGUGACCAACGCGUGACCUUGGUGAGAAAAGUCAAAAGCAACUAGCAUGUCCUCCCUGCCUAUAAAAACUGGCUUAAUUCUUAGCUUCCGAGGUCAGUUUGAAAUCAAAAUUUUAAUUGUGCGGCACAUAUAAAACACAACAUAAUUCAUAUGAAUUGAAAAAUUAAACUUGAGCCUGCAAUCAUUUGAAAACUAGUAACUUGUCAGCGGAUAACUUUAAAAAGAUACUCGACCUCGAUGGGUCGACACCUGAGCCCGCGAUAUGAUCAGGUGAUACUGGUCAGCGGAUACCCUGUUUUGACAGCUGUCAAUUGAUCACAAGAUUGAUGUGCAAUAUGUCUGCAAUAUCAGUCUUCCUGUGCUCCCAAACUAGAAAGUGUGAUUGAACAUUGGUUGCCCUGUGGUGCGGACGGACGGGCGGGCUGAGGGCGGUGUACGGUCACGUGAUUACCAAAUUUUCUGGGAUGGGUAGAUUUACUUACCCAUGGUGCUCCGCAGGCGCGCUUCGCGCGCCAGAGCUCCGCUAUGAUCUCUCUUUUUUGUUGGGUGGGGUAGGGGGCACCCUUGAUUACUUGCUUAGCGUGAUUUUCACAUUUAGAGACGUCUUGGGCGAUCGAGACGAUGCGAACCAUUAAAUUGAAACUAUGGUUUCAGCAAAUACAGUCAAACUCCGCUUUACGGACCCUCGCUAAAUACGGACAGCUUAUUAUUGCGGACAGUUAGCUUUGUCCCUGUGGAAAGAAGGCCUUUACAUCUUCUCUAAAUUCAAUCCCCUUAAUACGGACACCCCGUUAAAACGGACACGUUCCAUGGCCCCCUCAUAUGACUGUAUAUGGCUAAUGUUGUUUAACGUUGGGGCAUCGUUUAACCGCCCAAGAAGGCCAGAUACAGUUGCAUUAUGUGCUGGUAUUUGUAGUUAUGCCGGUUGCUACCUAUUAGUUCUGUACGUUUGAUUGCAAAGCUUAUCAUUGUCCUUGAUCUCAUUUUCCAGAAAUUACAGGUUAGAGAGGGAGCUGAAGAACAGGCUGUGGAAAAUUGACUAUAAUCAAUUGGGUUUUGACCGUAGAGCCUCCAAUACUUCUUUAGCAAGUGCCAUUGUUAAUGUAAGUAGUACGUUAGAACUCCUCUCUAGCGAAGUCCUAAAAAAAAACAGUUGUUUAAUUUUAUGUUCAUUCAUCAGAUAUAUUUUGAACAGUUUUUAUUACCUCAUUUUGCAUUUUGAGAAAUUUCUCAACUUGCAACUCACGUUUGCCGUUUGCAGUAAACGUGACCCUACAUCUCUCCAAUAUCUUUAAGUUACAAUGUCUUGUAACUUUGAAACUCUUACUCUUUAUAUUGUUUAAUUUGCUUGACUUGAUGAAUUUUGCAACUCCCUCUCUUCAUGCAGAAAGACACGCAUGAUCACGAAGAGAAUGUACCGCUUAUGAGAGAAGAAAGCAGUGAUGGUAAAGUUACAACCGCUGGUUAUUAUAAGGUAAGAUGCUGUCUGCCUUCGUCGCAUAGUUCGACCAUGUGCUUGAACCUGGGAGUUAUAUUUAGACCCCGAGUCUUGAUCCGGUCCGGAAAUAGCCUGUUCGAGUUUGUCGGUCAGUGCGGACGGAGGAAAAAAGCGAGCGAGCACUGAAAUAGCGAAGGAGCGAAAAACGGCUGGAAGAGAGAAGGGGGGAGUCCUGUAAGCAUCUUUUCAAAUACCUCAAUCCGCCCGGUUCCCCGCCCACUUCUUGAAAAACGGUUUCUUAUGUCGAAUUGUCGAAUGUCAAAACAUGAAAAGGUGCGGUCAAGGAGGGUUUCGCUUGCACAACGUGUUUAUUAGACUCUGCGCUCGCGAAGCCAAAUGAUUAUCGUUAGUGUUGAAGUAAACUGUUACAAUUGACCAAUCAUAGGGUAUGCCAGGAGCUGGUAUACUGGAAUGACGUAGUAAAAACAAUGCUUACAGGCUUUACUACUCCCCCUGGCCCCAGUUUUCUCUACUAUUUUGAGGCCUGGGUCAGACUAGUGCGGAAAUCGAGCCUGUAACCUCCCACUCUGCAGUUCAGCCACCGUGGGAGCAGAGCCGUCUUUUGGCUUCGUCUUGAGUAGACCGAGGAUGAGAAAUGGAUACUCUGCAUGUAUCCCAUCAAGCCUCUGAAAAAGCCGCAGUCCGAAAUUCUGGACUAGUCAAACUUGUUUUCUUCGUCAAACUGGUUUUUCGAGUGCGAGCAUUCGUUUAUUGAUGGUCAUAACCAAGCCCGCAGUACCAAGCGCACGGUUAUUAGGCCUGGGUGCUAGUCUGUAUCUUAGCAACGUGCAGCGCAUGCUCAAGAUCUUACUCGAUUCAUGCGGCGUCUUUCUCGAGUGCGCCUAAAGCAGGGUGCACAGUUAAGCCCUCUAAGGACAAACCUAGAGCUGCUACGGUUACAGGACAUUCUGCUCUUGGGUUCGUAUCGCACAGUUUGCUUCGCUACAAAUCUAUUCGAUUCAUCUGUGAGCGUAAUGUACUUUUGACAAGUGGUCUACCCUACUAACAGUUGAGUACGUUGUAAUGUUAAAUUUGUGACCAAUAAAAUAUUGUUAACUUCACUGUUGAUGAUAUAUCUUCUUAAAUCUACCAUCAAAAUUUGUGAUCUUCCGUAAUUGAUCGAAGGUGUUUUGCGUGAUGACAUGGCACAGGUUCUGCUUUGUUCUCAUAGGAUUUAUGUAUAGUUAUUAUCCAUGGUCUGUACUCUAUCUCUGCCUUGUUAGCUUCUUGACUGUGAAGUGUGUCUAUUUAUAUCUGUAGGGAAAUAUGGUGACAAUCGCCAAACUUCCUAAAGGACAAAUAGAUCUGACGAGGAAAGUCCUUUUGGAGCUAAAACAGGUUUGUAUGACCAAAAACGCAGGUCCGGGUAUUGGUUUAAUGGUUUGCAUGUUAGUGAAAAAUCGUCAUCAGCAACGUUUCGGAAUAGACGCUUGGCAGAUUGUUAGUCACGUGAUACAAAAUCACCAUCCUGGGUAUGCUAGAAACGCUUUGGGACUGUACUGUAAAUCAUGGCCGCGUGACUGACCACGUUCAAAGGGCCUAUUGGUGUUACACUAAGUUCCAAAAUAAUACAAUAUUAAUAAUAAUGAAACAUUGGCUACCCUUCCGUAACAACACCAACCCCAUUUAAAUCCCAGAAACUCCUUUUUAAUAAACGAGCUAUACUCCAACCAAAAGGCGAUUAACUACCUCUCACCUUCCAAUCUUAGAGCCAGUGUUGAAACUCGCCCUCCCAAGCUACCCAAUUGACUCCAAUUCUCUCCCCCUUCCAUCCCUAAUGAAAUUGAAAACUGGUGAAAUAAGGGAAUAAUUUCACUUUUGUGAAUCUGGACAAAACGCGCGUGAAAUUAUUCCCUAAUUUCAUUUGUCACCAUUUUAUUACAUAUACGAUUUUAGGGGUAUUUGAUAAGUGUCAUGUUGAGCCUUAGUGCUUUAUUAGCUUCCCAGUUUGUUGUGUUGGCCAGAUCUGAGUACUUAACUGAGCUCUUGUUUUUGUCUUUUAGAUGCGCGACAUAAGACACGAUAAUUUGAACCAAUUUAUUGGUGCUUGUGUGGAACCUGAGAUUUGCAUUGUUAUGCAGUAUUGUUCCAGAGGAAGUCUACAGGUAACGGGAAUUUAUAAAAGGAAAUUUUUACAACCGUCUUGUUUCCAUUUGCGGCAUUGAUUAGCAUAAGUCAGCAGUAAGCCAUUAGCUUGCCAGAUUGUUGCUGUUAAGAAACUGAAAUUCGGGAUUUAAUUCAGCUUCAUGUUUUACACCUUUCCAGACGAGUUCUUACAAUUCCCAAAACCUAAGGUAAAAAAAACCAUUGCAGUCUUCUCUUUCUCUCCUAAACAGUCAAAUGUCAAUUCAGAUACGCAGGCGACCUAGGCUCGCCUUUCAUCCAGGAGCUAAAGGCCUUACAAAUUCAAAUGUCACGCCGCUGUUCAGUAACCUCUAAGAGUCUCUGUUGGGGCAUCGCUGACAGCCGCAAUUAGUUUUCAGCAUAUUUCUUUGUUUUUUGUAGCUCUCGGGUAGCCAUCAAAAUCCGUGGCCGUUUGCUUGUACCUUGUAGUGCAGUCGUUUUCAAAGGGAGGCUUGGGCACAGGAACUUGAUUCAGAAUGGAGUGGAGGAAUGUGUGUGUGUGUGUCGCCGGUGGGGAAUGGGGCAGGGAUGUGGAGUUUAGGGAGCUUAAGCGGCGCACGUCAACCGGAAGUGGACUCUUUACAUUCUUGAGCGGUGGUUUCGCCGAAAAUUUUCAGUCAGAUCGUCUCUAUAAGAGUAAAGAAGCAAAGGAGUACAAAUUUUAUAUCAUCAAGGCAUGCUGAGAGGGAAAAGGCCUCACUUCCGGUUGACAUUCGUCAUCUUUGCUUAACCCUUUGAGCCCCAAUAUCCACAUACAAAUUCUCUCAACUGAUCUCUAUAUAUUUCCUUAAAGAAUGAGUUGAGAGAAUUUGAUAAAAGAUCAAAGCAUUUUCUCGUAGGUGAUCGUUUUAUUAAUUCUCAUAACCUAGUCUCUUGACAAUGUAUGGAUAUCUUUGGAGAAAAUUGAUGUUGGUCACUACUGGGACUUAAAGGGUUAAGUUCUCUUUUCUCUGCUUUCGAAACCAUAGAUGGCCACUUCUCACAUAGAAAUAAGUGAGCGAUGGCUCUGCCUUUUCGCUUAAAAAAUACUAUUUGAGUGUCCAGUCAGAGUUUUCCUGUUUCCCCAUGGAUCUUCAACCUGAACGUAGUUUCGCCAUGUGCUAUAGGAGCAGGACUCUGUUUGUCAUGAUGAAAGCCUCAAGGGCCCGUGUAUUGUUAGGGUCAAUCAAAAUGGUUCGAAAGGCCUGUUAUGCACUUAGCGUAAUUUCAGAGUUAAUUUUUGUUUCUAUCAGGACAUUUUAGAAAAUGAAGACGUCAAGUUGGAUCACAUGUUUAUGGCUUCACUAAUAGCAGAUAUAGUCAAGGUAUGUUGUCGUUGCAUCCUGUGAUUUUCAAAUGUUUUUGCUCGGUACUGCUACUUCUACCAUUACUAUUAUUACUGCUCUGUUUUGUUGUUGUUACUACAACCUGUUAUUUAUAUUCCUCUAGGGGAUGGCAUACAUGCACAACACUGACGUGAAAUCUCACGGCAAUCUCAAAUCAUCGAAUUGUUUAGUGGACAGCCGCUGGGUUCUGAAAAUUACAGAUUAUGGGCUACCGUCGUUUAGAGCCAAAAUAAAAAAGAACCGGGAAGACUACGCCUACUACCGAGGUAACACAGUGGGAUUUCAUUACACUAAAGAGUCUAUGUCACGUUAUUUGCUAUCUUUUUAACCCUUUAAACCCUAAGAUCAAAAUUUGAAUUCUCAUUUGUUGCCCCUAUUUGUUUCCUAUAGAAGUAGUGGGGAGAAGUUGAUAAAAUAUCAAGCAAAUACAUCUUGUGUGAUCAUGUCCAUAAUUCUCAUGACCACUCUGUUUUACAAAGCAUUGAUAUUACAAGGAGAAAUUUGAUGCUGAUCACUCUUAGGGCUUAAAGGGUUAAAAAGCUAAAAAGAAAGACUGUCCCUUUCAAUAUAUGCUAAGGAGGAAAAAAAUUGUAAAAAAAGAUUCAACCAACUGCUUGCUUAAGUGGAAGGUGAGUGCCCGGGAUACCCAGGGGCUUCCAUUGUGGCCAGCCAGCCCCUAGAUAGAAUACUGCCCCCAUGGCUGGCAAAUCCCCGCAACCCAGCCAUGAGCCCUCUUUCGACGCACCCGUUACACUGAUGAAACAGUGAGGGUGGGGGGAGGGGGGAACGAGGGUAGACGCUAGAGCAACCGCUCCACAGACCCCUCCAAAAACGCUAAAUGAAGAACUCAAAAAUCCUAGCAGUGUACAAAGCUACCACGUACCGUGUGAGUCUGCACUUAUGGGAUUGACUGGUGGAUGCCGCUAAGCUCGUAGACCGCUUGACCGCUAAGCUUGUGGACGGCUUGACCACUAAGUUCGUGAACCGCUUCACCGCUAUGCUUGUGAAAUGCUCAGCCGCUAAGCUCGUGGUGGUUACAUUUAACCAAAUUCAAUUGCAAAGGAGCUCUCCUUCCUCAAUGACUCUUUCAAUCGAAUUAUAGGCGUAACGACGUCUUGUGGUACUAAAGUGUAAUUGGCUCAUCGUUUUCCCUCAUCUGAUUUUAGAUUUACUCUGGGUGGCUCCAGAGCUUUUGCGGAUCCCUAAUCGGCCUCCGAAGGGAACCCAGAAAGGUGAUGUCUAUAGCUUUGCUAUAAUUUUACAAGAAUUCCACACCAGAGAAGGGCCUUACAGCGCUAAUUUCAUGGAACCUAAAGGUAGGCUGGUAGCUGUUUAAAAUUGUCUUAGCCAAACAAAAAAAAUUCAAAAGUGGCAGGGGGGCUUUUAGGUCAUUCAUGUUUUCAUCAACUUUUAUUCGGUUUUUAAUUAAAUGUUGAGUGUAAAGGGAAGUCACCUAUGCUUUGCUGUUGUUAGUGGUUUGCUGGUAGUGAUCGUUGGCAAAAUGCCAAGGUGUUUUUCCUGCCUUUAACUUUAUCUUGAUUUGAUUUUUAGUAAGUUGUCUGUUACUAUUAGUAGUUAGGAUGCUAAGACUCUCUAGUAGCUAAGACUGGUUAUUCGCCUCAAUUUACUUAAGUUGACCCAUACGCAGAGUCCUGAUCUAGAUGAGAGCUUUUAGCGAGCGUUUCUUGCUGUUUCAAAAACACGUUUUCUAUUGUCUUAUUCAGUUUGAUAACGUUCCGCUUUUUUCUUGAUGAAUAACAACGUCUUUAACACCAUGUAAGAAUCUGUUUAGAGUAUUUCCAGCUGGCGACAUCACUGAUAAGAAAACGUCUGGGAACUGACGCUAUGUAAUCCGUGAAAGUAGAAGACUACUACGUACAGUUGUGCACCAAUUCCAUUGUCUUGUUUUGUUCACUUGAAGCUAUUUGGCAUGAGUUGUUAGUAUCUGUCUGUUUCACGAGUUAGGUAAAAUUAUUCUAAUAUCAGUGAUUUUGUCACCUCUGCGUCCUGCGUCCCUGACGCAUAAAAAUCCUCAAAGACGCAAAAUAAUUUGUGGUAUGCGUCGCGUAGAAUAUUCUGUUCGUGUUGUGCGAUUUUUGUGGCUGUUCUUGUGGCUGUUGUUUAACGGCGCAUAUUUGUUUUAGUCUUUGUUGUUCUUCACAACAGAAGGAGUCUAUUUUUUUUUUCAGUAAACUGUAAUGCAGAGUUUUGGGGUCUGUCUUAAAGAUUAACUGUGUGGUUACAUAAAGACCCAGGUACUCGUGUUUUUUUAACUGGGACGCAAUAGUUCUGGACUGGGACUAAUGAUUUUUCAGAAGCUGAGUUCCAGGACCCACCAUAACUGUUUGUAACAAAAUCACUGCUCUAUUAUUGUUCACGUGCUAUUUCAUUCGUAUGAAUUGUUUAAAAUUAUUUGUUUUGAUCUCUGUAGACAUCAUACGUAGAGUUAAAGAAGCCGAGUUCCCACCAUUUCGGCCAACAGUCACAACACUGAUAGCAGGCCUUGAGGAGAUCCGGGAAGUCAUGAAACAGUGCUGGGUUGAGAACCCGGAUGAAAGACCAGAUUUCCAUGAGAUCAAGAAGACCAUGCACAAGGUGCUAGUCAAUAACGGAAUGUAAGUACCUAUCGACUUUAAAUGUGUUUUUUUUGUUGUCAUUUUUCUUUUCGCAGUGAAGUGUGGUUACCUUGUUUUUAGAGUCCAUAUCUAUGAAAUUGCGGUUCUGCGACGUUUUAGCUGCUGCAAGCGUUGCACAAGCGUUGAACCUGCCUGUUGCAGCAGGGCUUUAACCAGUUGGCUAAACAGAUUUUUAAACUUGAUUAACCCUUUAAGUCUCAAUAGUGACCAAGAUCAAUUUUCUCCUAACAAUAUCCAUAUGUUACCAAGAGAAAUGGUUAUGAGAGUUAAUAAAAUGAUCACCUAAGAGAAAAUGCUUUGAUCUUCUACCAAAUUCUCUCAACUUAUUCCUUAAGGAAAUGUAUAAAGACCAGUUUGGAGAAUUUGUAUGUGGAUAUUGGGGCUUAAAGGGUUAAGACUGCUUGUUUAUUGAAGUGCAGGUAAAGCGAAAAAUUAUGUUCAGUUAUAAACUGUACCAUUUAAAAGGCUCAAUUCCAAGGCUUGAGAUAUUCUGAGUGAUUUCAAGAUUUCCUUUCUGUUGUUUCUCUCCAAAGGAAAACCAACAUCUUUGAUAACAUAGUUUACAUGAUGGAGAAGUAUGCAGAUAAUCUGGAGGAACUGGUCAUGGAAAGAACCGGUCAACUGAUCGAGGAGAAGAAAAAGACAGACGCUCUCUUGGAAAGGAUGCUACCAAGGUUUCUUUCUUUCAUUAUUAAGAUUAAUAAAUAAAUGAAUAAAUAAAUAAAUAAAUAAAUAAAUAAAUAAAUAAAUAAAUAAAUAAAUAAAUAAAUAAAUAAAUAAAUAAAUAAAUAAAUACAGAUAGGAAGGUAGAGAGAAGUGCACCAAUAGGAAGUAGGGAGACCGACUCGAAAACCAUAAAACCGGGACUGAGACACGUUGCAGUUUUUAGUUGACAGUCUUGUUUGCAGGCAUCAGAUAUCACAGCCAAGUUGACAAGUUUCUGUUAUUGCGUUUACCUGGGGUUCGUCGGCUUAGAAAAUUUAGAAGGAACUUUGAAGCAUAGGUCGUUGUUGGCUUAGAGCCUAUUUUUAUUUUGUUUAGUGAGAAUAUGUCAAUACUGACCGUGCAAUGAAAACAUGUGCAUAGUUGGGGAUUCUAUUCUUAACUAAUAUGAACUCGCAAGAGUGAGCUCUCCCUCCCACCUACUCACCCCUCGCAAAACCCUUAUUUCAACGGAAACCGCUGGUCAAUUCGAAAUUUGAGCUCGUCUUGACUCAGCGGCUCAAGGCAUAUGCCCAUUAAAGUCCGUUAACAGGUCUGAGGCUCAGUGAAAAAAAGAGCUGUACUAUUUAGACCUGCGAAUUCCACAGGAAGCCCAAGUAACCAGUUUAUGAGCUUAUCGCGAAUGCGGUAUUCAUGAUUAUCGUUAUCAAUAAUCACGUUUUUCUGAUUUACCCGACCCCUCACCACAACGAACUGUACCUUGGUGUCGGGACUGGAAGCUCUACCUUCUCGCCAUGUCGUUGACUGGUCAAGUCGAUUGUUGCGAUUGUUAGACAACAGCAAUAUUGUGAAAAAUCGUUUUCCUUUGCACUAUCACGGUUUUUUUAAUAGCACUCUUUUGAUGUCGGAAAUCAAGUGAGAAUGAAUCGUCCUUGGACUGAUAGAGAAAAGGAAGGAAUAACUAGUGCAAGGUAUACAUGUGCAUCACAUCUGGUAGAUGAGGUAGACAGUUAGUCCUUUUUAAGGGUGAGUUUUGUUUCUUUCAAACUCAUUUCAUAUUCCAGUUCAUUGCGUGGUAAGAAGAGCACCCUUCAUUUUUUUCUGCUUUUGCGUGCUUUACAGACCUGUAGCUGAGCAGUUGAAAAAAGGACAGACAGUUGAAGCAGAGAGCUUCCAUGAAGUGUCAAUUUACUUCAGCGAUAUUGUAGGAUUUACUAGUCUGUCGUCGGGGAGUACACCAAUGCAGGUACAACAUUGUCGCAUUUUAUCACAUGUUCGUUCCUUGUGGCAUCAGGAGAGAAGUGGUAAAAACUGUUGUCUACAGGUUGGUCCCACCGCUUAACGGGAAGACUUGUGGUGUUUUGCCACUUGUGUACUCCUUUUCCCGCCAUUGUAAAAAUAAAAAGAUGGUGUCUAUUUGCCCUCUGUCAAUCACUCGAGUAUACUAGACUUGCAAUUUCUGGGGGAGUAGGUCGAACCAAAAUAAGCCCUGUUAAGCAGGAGGCUAGAAAACGUUCCCGUGCUGUUUGUCUGAAGGGCUAGGAAAAAGUCCCGUCAGGUGGUCCGGGACAAGUAGAUUUUCUUGCUGGGCAAGUAACAUUUAAAGCUUACCUACCCAAUGGGCAGGGGUCCAGGCAAGUCAUCCUCUAAUAAAAUCAUUACUUAAGCGAGGGUUCACACGCACCUUCAAAAUCCUUUCAAAUUGCAGUCGGUGCUGGAAAGUCCUUGAAUUUCAAUGCUAAAUUAAUAGUUUAAGGAGAACUGCAAAGGAAAAGAAGAAAACACGGAAAGACCUUCGGGAUAAAAUUUCUCAUGUUGUAGAAGAACUAAAAAAGACAUAGACUCCAGGCUCUUUUUUGCACUGAAUGGAGUCCUUUAAAAAUGCUAAAUGUGUCCUUGACGGUCCUCGAAAAGUCCUUGAAUUUUUUGUUCAAAAAAGGGUACGAACCCUGUAAGCAAGAAGUGGCCCCGGGCAAGCAAAGAGUUUUCUUCGACCCCUGUAACUGGCAAGGCAAAUUUCUUUUUCUCAAAACAUUUCGAGAUGUCUUGCAUAGUCUUCCCAAGGUGGAUCCUCCCCGAGUACACUUGGUUUGACCACUUUCCAAAUAUUUAGACAUUUGAACUGAAACGUUUUUAUUUAUUGCAGGUUGUUACCCUUCUCAACGAUCUUUAUACACUGUUUGAUGACAUCAUCCAAGAAUAUGACGUGUACAAAGUAAGUGGUUGAAACGCAGCUGAUGACGUAGGACUUCUUUCCUCGUUAGUUAUCUCUUUCGGGCUUUACUUAUUGUCGCUUGCAAGAAAGCAAUGAUUUUAUGACGGUGCUGUACUCCAGCACCCUCGAGGCUUUUUUUCUGUGCGAUUUGGGCAGGAACAUAGCAUGUUGUACCCUCUGGAUUUACAGUCCUUGUAUACUCACAGUAACUGGGGAGAGUUGUACCACGCACUUAUCACCCUCGUUCUUCCAUAUUUCCCGAAUUGAUCUGGUGGCUUAUUAUCCAGAGAAAAGUGCUUCUGAUUGGUUGACGUAAAUUUCCCUCUCGGCACGACCCUUCAGAAGUAUUACUCAGACCUGUGUAGUUACAUGUCCUGAGUAUGGAAUUUCUGUGCUCGUGUCUCAUACGUCAUUUUGCGGGGAAACCAGUGGUGACGUCUUGAAACGCGGGUAUUUUCUCACGCCAGGAACCCUUAUAACGCGCUUAUUUCAGCCCAAAAAAUGGCAAACAGCUAGUUCAGCAAUUCGUUCCUCACGUUUUUUUCCUUAGUAAUCUUCAUAAAGGAAAUUUUCACAAACACAGGGCUUUAUAGGAUUGAAUGGCUAAAAGUUGUUCAUUAAUGUUGUCAUCAGUUGAAGCAUAUCCAGUUGCUUCCCUCCAAGUUAAUCUGCUUUAUGUUUCUAUUGCUAUUUUAGGUUGAGACAAUUGGUGACGCCUACAUGGUUGUAUCUGGAUUACCAAUCAGGAACGGCCAUGAGCACGCUGGUGAGAUAUCCCGGAUGGCGUUACACUUGGUAGAAGCUGUGAAGAAAGACUUCAAAGUUCGUCACAAACCGGAUCAUCAACUGAAACUCAGAGUUGGACUUCAUAGCGGUAACUUACGUGUAGCAAUAGGCCCUUUCCAGCUAGUGCUUCACAAGGUACAAAACCGCCACGCUGAAGACGCAGUGGGAAAAGAAACACAAAGGAAAUAACCAUUUUAAAUGAUGUGAGCUCUUUUGUCUUGUCCCAGUGCGUGUCUUGCUCUCUAGCAUGGCGGUUUUGAACCACGUGAAUGACGUUUCGCCCCAUGUAAGGGAAUGCGGAUUCCAGAAUCCGGGAAAAUAUUUCUCGUGGAAUCUGGAAUUCUGGGCUUUGGAAUCCGGAAUACAGCUCAAGGAAUCCGGAAUCCCACUAACGAUUGGAAUCUGGAAUUUAAACUGUUCCACUGAGAAUUGGGAUUCACUACCUGGAAUCCAGAAUUCACGGCGUGAAAUCCAGAAUCCAAGACUGUCUUAGAUUUGUUUACAUGGGGCGAGACGUUGGAUAAAGUUGCGCAUCCUUGAGUGGAACGCACUAGUAAAGUCAUUACACUUUCUCAUACCAGUGGGUGUGUGUUUUUCCCUUGCAGGUCCUUGUGUGGCGGGUGUGGUCGGGAACACGAUGCCUCGUUACUGUUUAUUUGGUGACACAGUUAACACUGCUUCAAGAAUGGAAUCUAAUGGAGAAGGUUUGUACCAUGGAUCGUCGUAAAACCACCUCACUCUUUUGUAGCGAACGUUCAAUAUAGUUAGUGCUUUGUUGUUUUGUUAUAGCUCUCCGCAUACACAUCAGUGAGGCAACAAAAGGAAUUCUUGAUGACCUCGGCGGCUUCGAAGUUGAGGAAAGGGGAGAAGUGUUUUUAAAGGUGUGUAAUGUUUAUCGUCGUCGUCGUUGUUUUUUUUUUUCAUUCACCCACACGUACAGAAAACUCGAACAAGCGUUUUACCCAAAAGCAAACAUAGCCGUUAUCUUAAAGCCAGUCUGAGUGGACAGUGCAGUUGCAAAUUUAGAACUUUUCCGUAAAAAUUUAUUUUUGCAGGGAAAAGGCACAUGGAAGACGUACUGGCUGAUAAGUGCUGUUCCACGGCUAAGCGGUAAAGUGAACAAGCUCCUUCAUCCAAAUGGUACCCCGCUAGUGAACUACCUCCAAACUCCAGGCCAUCAUUUCGGUUCCAACAGCUCCCUGAACCUCAAAAGACAAGACUCAAUGCGCCGAGGAGGGAAGAAUAUUUCACCAAGCCCUAUGAAGAAAAAUAUGCACAAAGUGACGAUUGAGGACGAAACCACAGCUCUGUUAAAUCAAACAUCAGUAUGACAAAUGCAUGAAUUUCCGAGUCCUUCAUCGACCUCCAUCACAACGCAGAAGAUAAAUCUGAUUUACCGAAAUACUUGGCAUAUUUUGGGGGAUGGUAGGGAUUUCUUAAUGCAUAUGGGCUUUCUAAGAAAUGCUCAAGAUGGCUUUUUCCCCUCUUAAAACAUUACCCGUGGGAUCUUCCUCAAGAGAAUCUGAAUGCUGUCAGGAGAAGCAAGCAAGCAGGUUGUACUGCCCAAGUCGCCCAGAAGUCGUCACCUGAUAUGCGGUCAUGUGGAACAACUCAUGUUUUCACGUUGAUCGUUGUGAACUUUUACGACGAAAGAUAUAAAGAUGAUUUUUCAAUCGAAAUAUGGUAGUGUGCUCUUCAAAAGCGUCGAGACUUACAUACGUUGCUUAAUGAACUUUCCACUCUGUGUAUUAUAACCAACCCAUUCAUUUAACUCCUUUCACUCCUUUUACUUCAAACUAUCCAGACCUUGUUGUUGGACACACGGCUCUCCGCAAGGAUCUGGGACGAUGAAGGGAAGCUCUUAUAGCUACGCUUCUAUAUACGGUAGUUAGCGCAAGUGGUUGCAUUGUUUAUCGCUUGUUUUUAUAUGGUUCAUAACUUGUAAUCCGUGGCUUUCAUUUGUCCCCCAAAAUGCGCAGUUCAUCAAAAGCGUCUUACUCUUAUCAGCUUUUAUUUCAUUGCAUACCAUUGAAAGAUUUUAAAAGCUGGGCGUAUGAAAUCCGUAAAACUUUCAGUUGUAAAGGCUAAACAGGUUCCUGUUCAACGGGGGUCUAAGUGGCAAAUUUUAGCCGAAAAGGUCCUGAAAAACUAGUCUCUCACUUGCGGGUUUUACUAGUUUGCGUUGACUGGCGCGUAGUGUGCCGUGGUUAGUCAUCAUCAUCAUCAUUAUUAUUCAAAAUAAUAAGAAUUUGGUUCUACGGUGAGAUUUGUGCGACAGAUCUCCAAUCAGAAGAAAAUGAAUCUCUAGUUUUCCGAACGUUAGAGUUUGAGUUUUUUACUGCCAUGAUUACCGUCGUGGUUGAUAUUUUAGAAAUGGUUUCCGUUCCACCAUGGUACAGACAUUUGGCUCCAGCUUUAAGUGACUUGAGUGGGUGGACGGGGUCGAGUAGUUGGCCUCAACUUCCUCGCUCAUCCACGUCCGAGAGAUAAGAGGCAACUGACAGCCUCUAAUAAUAUAGCGCUGUAAAGCGUGGAAGUCAGUUGAUUUUUAUUUUGAUUUGUAAAUACGUCAAAACGAAUUGCCUUAGUGUCAUAGGCAAAAUAGCGUUGAAUGAGGGGGCUCGAUUACCAGUUGAAACCGCCUUGUAACGUUCAGCCUACGUUUUGGUAGUGAAAGGUUGAUGAUAUCUUCUAAGCAGUACUAAUAUAAUAGUAGUCUGCCUUGAUGAGCUCCAUUUGGAGCACAGAGAAGUACAAGUAGCAAAAAGUAUUCAAAUUGCCGACUUCAGUGUUAUUGUAAAUAGAAUUUACAUUGUCUUGUUUUGGCUUCACCGCAAUGUAAAAAUGGACGAUAUUGUCAAGCACUAGGCAAUGUUUUUACCCCGUCAACUACGCACUGAUACCGUAUUCCUCUCCUACGAACUGCCUCACACUGUGGAAGAAAACAAUAUAUGCAAAGGGCAAGUUUGAGGGAGUUAGAGAAAACUAUUAGGUGUAAAAAAAUAUAUUUACAAAAAUAUACAAGAUAAACAUUUUUUUCAUCUCUGAGAGGUUGGCGAUAGGUGUAGUCUAAGAGAUUGAGAGUUCACUGUAAAUGUUUUUUAAAAUUUUAUUUUCAAUUUUCUGAGGACUGUCACAAUUUAUUUUAACUAACAAAG